AUGGCCGACGAAAUUCAACUCCCCCUUAUCGACUUCGGUCCCUAUCUUAACCCACAAGCGCCUGGUGACAGGGAGAAAGUCAUUGCCGAGGUUCGGGAAGCCUCCGCUCAGUAUGGCUUCUUCCAGGUCAAGAACCACGGUGUGCCGAUGGCCGCGCAAAAGGCUCUGCUCCAGAGUCUGGACAACUUCUUCAGCAAGCCGAAGGAGGAGAAGAUGAAGCUCUCCUUCUUGGAGAGCCCCGGUCGUCGAGGCUACGAGUGCUCCGGCAUGAGCCUUCGGGAGGGAGAUGCUUUGCCUGACUCGAAAGAGGCCUUCUACAUCGGGCGAGAAGAUCCCGUCGUGGAGCCCCCAGGCUUCCACUGCCCCAACGUCUGGCCCGACAUGCCCGAGGAAGACUUCCACGGCCCCGUCUGGAACUACUACCAGGAGACUGGUAAGCUCGGCCGCACCAUCUGGGAGAUCCUCCUCCAAGCCCUGGGUUACUCGACGGAUGUGAUGGACCAAUUCGCGCGCCGACCCAUCGUGCAGAUGAAGAUGAUCCGCUACCCGCCGGCCAGCAAGACGCUCGAGGGACAGUUCGGCGUUGGUGCCCACACCGACUUUGGCGGUGUCACCGUGCUCCUCCAGCAGCCUGGCCGUGAGGGUCUCGAGGUCUGGGUUGAGGAGCGCGAGGCCUGGCUUCCUGUCCCGUCAAUUGAGGAUGUCUACGUCAUCAACUGCGGCGACAUGGUUAUGAACUGGUCUGGCGGUGUCUUCCGCAGCGCCAAGCACCGCGUCAUCAACAGGGACGAACACGAGCGUCUCUCGUGCGCUACUUUCUGGCACGGCGAUGUCGGCGCCUCGAACCCCUUGAACCCUGACGAUCCCAAGAAGGAGACGGUUGGCCAGUUGCUGGUCAAACGCUUCGGCAACCAGUUCUCGCUCAACAAAGCGGUUUUCGCUGCGGCAUCUUAG